CUUCACGCAGAGCCUGAAAGACCGCUCGGCACCACCGCGCGGGCAGGGUCACCUGCUCCCAGUCGCUGCAGUGGGCAUCUAAAGAUUCCGUGCAAGCAAGCCGAGCAGCCUGCCGGUCCAUGCAGCCGAGCCAGCGACGCCCGCGGCUCCUGGCCUCGCCGGCGCGAGCGCAGCAGCUCCUGGCGUGGCAGGGCUGCUCUGUCCUCCUCACCGCCACCGGCUUCACCUCGCAGCGGCUCGCCGAGCGCGGCAUCGCCGCGCCGACGGCACAGAGUCUCGCGGUCUACCUAGUGCUGAUGCUGCACGCGAUCACGGCGCGGCGCGACAAUCGUGUCGCCGGCCUGCCGCCGGUCGCGAGGCCGUGGUGGCAGUGGCUGCUGCUCGGCUUCGCAGACGUCGAGGGCAACUACCUGAUCGUGCGGGCGUACCAGUACACUGACAUCACCUCGGUGACGCUGCUCGACGCCUUUGCCGUCCCAGGCGCGUGAUGGCGCUCUCGGCCCUUACGCUCGGCGCGCGCUACGGCCGCAAGCAGAUCUGCGGCGUGGCUCUCUGCGUCUCCGGCCUCGCGACGCUGGUGAUGUCGGACGCGCUGCUGCGGCCAAUGCACAGCUGGCACCCCCAGCCGUGGCGGGGAGACGUGCUCUGCCUGGUCGGUGCCUCGCUGUACGCCUGCUCCAACGUGGCCGAAGAGGCGUUUCUGCGCUCCUCCUCGGUCUCCAACUAUCUCCCGCGGCUCGGCGCCGCCGGCGCUCUCCUCUCGGCGGCGCAGUGCGCGCUGAUUGAGCGCGAGGCGCUGGCCUCCGCGUGGCGCGCCUUCUCCUCCGCUAGCGUGGCCGGCCGCACCGAGCUGCUACUGCUCGAGCUGCUCUUCGUC